AUGUCCCUCUACUUCGAUGCGGAGGCCAUCCUGACCGCACCGGCCUCUGGUGGCUCCUUCAAAUCUCGCAUCUACAGCGCCCGCAACCUCCGCGCCAAACCAGCCCAGAUCUAUGCCCUCGUCAGUGAAGCCGCCAAAUGGGACACCAUCCUGGCCGAGGUGAUUGAAAAUGCCGACAUUUUGAGUCUGGAGCGAAAGCUCAACCCUCUUCUCGCCGUCCUCCUAGUCCAUGACCACCUCCUCGCCAAAAAGGGCAUCGCUGCCCCAGCCACACAUCCUCUCCGCCAAGCGGUCGAACGCCAUAAAGUCCGAUUGAAGGCCGAGUUCACCAAAUCGCGUGUACGCCGCGCAUGCGGCACCGUCGAACAGCUCAAGACGAAGAUUCUGCGCCAGAAGCGUGAAGCUGACGGAACAUCUCAUUUCGUAUACCCACGCUGGGUGCGCGUUAAUAAUAUUCGGAGUACCCUGGACGAGCAACUCCGGACGACCUUUGCCGAUUACCGCGAAGUGCAUUCGUUGGUGGAAUUGGCCCCUCCGGAGGAAGGUCAGCCUAAGCAGAAGCUGUUAUAUCGCGAUCCGCAUAUCCCGGACCUCGUGGCUGUUCCGUACGGAGCGGAUUUUACUUCUUCGCCGGCAUACAAGAAUGGGGAGAUUAUUUUGCAAGACAAGGCUUCUUGCUUUCCUGCGUAUCUGUUGCUGGGUGAUCGGGGUGCAGAUGACCCUUGGUCUGGGGAUUUGGUGGAUGGUUGUGCUGCCCCUGGUAAUAAAACUACGCAUAUGGCAUCGUUGGUCGCGAAGCAGAAACAAAAAGGCCGGAAACAAAUCUUUUCUAUGGAUGCGUCAAGAGUGCGCUCAAAAACGUUACAUAAGAUGGUUUCUCUGGCCGGGGCAGAUUCUAUGGUGACAAUCCUCCAAGGGCAAGACUUCCUGGCCUUGGAUCCUCAGGAGGAACGUUUUCAAGAUGUGUCGGGCCUUUUGCUAGAUCCCAGUUGCUCUGGCAGUGGAAUUAUCGGCCGAGAUGAUGUUCCAGAUUUCACCCUUCCCAAGGCCAAGGUCACUCCGGGAAAAUCACAGGGGAAGAAGCGCAAACGCCAAACUGACGACGAGGAGGAUGCAGGCGAGAAAUCCAAGGUUACGGUCGAAACCCCAGCUGUGUCGCCCUCGGAUGAGAAUGACACGCCUGACGGGGUCAUGGACCACGAUCGGCUCACCAAGCUGUCCAACCUCCAAGCGCGCAUUGUGGAGCAUGCUCUGAGCUUCCCCGCCGCCACUCAUGUCACAUACAGCACCUGUUCGAUCCAUCUGAUGGAGAACGAGGCAGUUGUGGCUCGGGUCCUGGCAUCGGAAGUCGCACAGCGACGCCGCUGGCGACUCCUGCGGCGCGACGAGCAACCGGCCGGGCUGCGCAAGUGGGAACAUCGUGGAGUUCGACGGGACCGGGAGAAUGGGGAAUCAGGCGAGAGUCCUGCGGAAGUUGAUCUGCCAGAGGAGGCGUUGGAAGCCUGCUUGCGUUGUUGGGCUGGCGAUGCUGAAGGGCUGGGUGGAUUCUUCGUCGCGGGUUUUGUUCGUGACGGCGAAGACGACGAAGAGGAAAAGAGCGCUGAGACAUCAUCCCGGGUGAAAGGAAAGGGGAAGGACGUGGCUCACGCUGCAAUCGCCCACAAAAACAACCAGGAAGAAGUAGAGGAUGAGGGGGAUGAUCAAGAUGAUGAUGACUGGGAGGGUUUCUCCGAUUAA